UCCUUCCGUUUCAUGCUCCCCCAGUUUCCGGAAGAUUGCUGUACAAUGAUGGAGAAAAUUGAAUCCUGAGACCGUACCCAACUAUUCAACACAAUUUCUGAGAAUAAAACUACCAAAGUCCAAGAUAACGAGUAACGACACAAAUACAAGACAGCAGCUGGAUCGUGGUGACUCAGCGAUAGACAGCGUUUUAUCUCCAACUUCUCUCCCUUCGACACCUGAUGGAGGGCUCCGACAGUUCCGAGCCGGGCGCCAGUGACCAACCAGAGGCCCAGCGCAGGCGGCAGCGGGACCGGCUAGACCGGGAGGAGGCCUUCUACCAGUUUGUCAACAACCUGAGUGAGGCAGACUACCGGCUGAUGAGAGACAACAACCUGCUGGGUACCCCAGUUUCAUCCCUCCUAGGUGAGAUCACAGCAGAGGAGUUGUUGAGUCGGUUGCAGCAGAUUAAGGAUGGACCAGAGCAGCAGCAGCAGCCUAGCAUCAACACCAGUGAGACUGGAGAAGCUACAGGAGAACUGGCAGAAGGUCCAGAGGACCCUUCUAACGGUGACACCCUCUUGGAUUGGCUGAACACUGUCAGGCGGACAGGCAACACCACCCGCAGUGGUCACCGAGGCAACCAGUCGUGGCGGGCGGUGAGCCGGACCAACCCAAACAGCGGAGACUUCCGGUUCAGUCUGGAAAUCAACGUUAACCGUAACCUGGCCGAGCAACAGGCCCGCGCGGAGGGGGAGGCGCAGGCGAUGGAGGAGGCCCCAACAAGAGCACCUGGCAAUGGGGUGGAGGUCCAGCCUGAGGCGGGGAUGGUGGCGCCCAUGGAGACAGGAGAGGUGCUGGAGGAACCAGUUGUGGAGGAGCUGGCUGUCAUAGUGGAACCAGAAGCAGAGAUGGAGCCAGAGCCAGAGGCUGAAGUAGAAGCUGAGCCAGAACUAGAAGUAGAGAUGGUCCCAGAGUUAGUAGUAGAGGUAGUCCCACAGCCACCCAGCCCUGUCACCACCACCCCUCCUGUCUCCAGACCAGCCAGUCCCCUGGUGCAGGCCCCUCCAGUCACCCCGGCCCCCGCCCCUCCCAGCCCUCCCCCUGAGGAGCCUCCACGACGUGGCCAGAGACGAGCCCGCAGCCGUAGCCCCGAGCAGCGCCGGACCAGGGCUCGCACCACACGGAGCCGUUCCCCCCUCACCCUGGACCGACUGGACGGCCUCCCCCGCCAAGUGCCCACCGCAGCCACCUCACACAGCCCUGCCACCCAGGCACCCGCAGAGGGAAGCUCACGGACUCGACAGCAUGUUCUGUCCCGGCAGAGCACCGCAGAGUACGAGGCCCAGUCAGCCGGAACAGGGUUUGACACAGGUUCUGGGAACGCCCCAGAGCCCGUUACUACCCCACCCCAGGAGGGAGAGGCCGCGGGCGGGGAGGGAGCAGCAGGACGACGUCCCCCCACCAUCAUGCUGGACCUGCAGGUGCGUCGCGUUCGUCCAGGUGAGUACCGCCAGAGGGACAGCAUUGCUAACAGAACCCGCUCACGCUCCCAGAACUCCAACAACACCUUCCUGUACGAGAGUGAGAGGGGUGGAUUCCGCAGGACCUUCUCCCGGUCCGAGCGUGCGGGUGUGAGGACGUACGUCAGCACCAUCAGGAUCCCCAUCAGGAGGAUCAGUGAUGCAGGGUUGGGAGAGGCCACCUCCAUGGCUCUGCAGACCAUGAUACGACAGAUCAUGACCGGCUUUGGAGAGCUCAGCUACUUCAUGGACUCAGACUCUGACUCCUCGGACUCAAACCGUGGAGCUGGUAACCCCUCCGGCGCUGCCGACCUGGCCGAGGCGCUCAACACUCCCGAGGGGGGAGUAGCCGGCAUGGCGGAGGGGGCGGAGCCUCCUGUCUCAGUGAGCGGGCAUAGUAUGGGAGGAGCCGGGGAGGCAAGGACAGAGGAGGGGGAGGGGGAGGACGGGAUUGGUCUGGGUCUGGCCCCAGGGAUAGGUUUAGGGGUGGGUGGCACCACCAGGGAGGGGCGAGCUCGGCCCCGUGCCCCCAUCAGUUUGGAGGAACCAGGGUCACUACCCUUCCUCCGCCUUGCUCACUUCUUCCUCCUGAAUGAUGAGGAUGAGGAACAGCCCAGAGGACUCACCAAGGAGCAGAUCGACAACCUCUCCACCAGGAACUUUGGGGAAAGUGAUGCUCUGAAGACCUGCAGUGUGUGUAUCACAGAGUAUGCUGAGGGGAACAAGUUGAGGAAGUUGCCCUGUUCUCAUGAGUACCAUGUUCACUGUAUCGACCGCUGGCUGUCUGAGAACUCCACCUGUCCUAUCUGCCGCAGGGCCGUGUUGGUGUCUGCUAACCGGGAGAGUGUGGUCUAACCUGGAGAGCUGGAGGACAGGGGUCAACGCUGCUCCUGGCAGCUCCAGUAUAUAACACCGUGUCAGUUCUGCAGGCCUUUCUCUAGUCAGACCAUUUACAUUGUUCAUGUUUUUCUUCUUAAGCCAUCAGUGAGUUUUAUCCAACUGACAUGCCGGUGUUUGGACGGACAGACAGACAGACAGACAGACAGACAGACAGACAGACAGACAGACAGACAGACAGACAGGAAGGAAGGAGAUGUCCUCAUAGACUCUGUAGGAAGAGACGUGAGAAAGAGAUGCAACUGGCUAACAGACCCCACUCUCCCCUACCUGUCUUACCCCAAAUGGGACUCCACUGUCCCCACCUGACCCUGCUCUCCACCUGAAAGACUUAACUGCAUUUAUCAAUACUCUGGAACGGCUCACAGACUGUCAGUGUGUCAAAGCUUGCUGAAUGAGUUUUUAAGUUAAAACUGUAGAAUGUUGUACAGGCUUUAAUGGGGAGAACAAGAUGUGACGGACUCGGAUUCAGUUGGGAAUUCUUAGCUAUCAGUUUAUUUGGAAUCGUAUUGCAUCAUAUUCAGGACAUCGGACCAAUAGUACUGAUUAUUGAUUAUGAAUUGUGUUGAACCGUCGUUGAGAUGGGAUGUAGGUAUCUGUUAACUGAUGCUAGUAUGUAGUCUAACUCUAGCCCAUCACAUGAAGCAUUGAUCUGGCCUGUUUCUAUUUCUGCCCUCUGACAGUGUUCCGUUAUGACCUGGCCUGUGUACACAAAGCAUAUCACAGUAUCAGUGGGGGUCUAGGAUCAGUCCAUUAUUGGGGGUCUAGGAUCAGUCCAUAUAAUCUUAUUCAUUAUGACCUGAAAGGGCCAACUGAUCGUAGGUCCUCACUCCUACUCUGGGACACUUUGUGGAUACGGCCCCUGAAUGAUAACGACAACUCCUAGUGAUCCUAACCCUGUCACUAUGACAUCCUGUUGGUUCUGCUACCAUAUGACCAGGAAGUAAACAGAGGGCUGCGUUAUGGCUCUGUCUCCACCACCCUAUCUCUAUAUAGUGCACUCCCCAUAGGACUCUGGUCAGAAGUACUGCUCUAUAUAGGGAAUGGUGCCAUUUGGGAAUCACAUUUAUGGCUUCCAUGUGGUGUUGCAUGAAGGAUCUGGAUUUAGACCCCAGCCAGGUUAGACCCAGGCCAGGUUAGACCCAGGCCAGGUUAGACCCUGGCCAGGUUGCUGCUUCUGUCCUGUGUAUAGGCCUAGAACUUCUACCACCAAGAGACGUCUUCAUAUCUGGAACACCAGUGCAAUAACUACAAAGUGGGAAAACUGAAGAAGUGUAAUAUUCUAAACUUGUAUAUUAUUAUUUCUAAAAUAUUGUAGACUGAAUAUUCACAGUUAAAAUGAAGACUUGUUCCCUUUUUAAAAAAUGUGUUAAGCUUUUUAUUUUCUAGAGCCUGGUUCUUUCUGUACAUUCUGAUAGCGCUGUUUGUUGGUGAGCGGUGGGACUGUAGGAUGCUGUACGUUGGCUGAUCACACAGACAGAGGGAGGGAGUGUUCCAUGCCAUGAUGACACCACAUUAUUCUAUAGGUUCCAUGUGUUCUCACGGUUGCCGUCAUUACCUCCUCCCUGUAUAAAUAAAGUUUUGGGUGGUUGAAGCUC